GUCAAUGUCACCUAUACACUUUUAAUACGAGGAAGCAAGGAUUUCGGCAAACAAUGAGUCAUGUUACGAAGUAAAGAUAAUUCCGCUCUUCAUGGACACGAGUGCAUGGCGGAAGUGGCAGAUGUCCCGUGCGGUCGUGGGGAAAGCGGAACUCGGACGGCCAGAAUCGUUGGAGGUCAAAACGCGAUACCACGAGAGUUUCCUUGGUUGGUUAGCAUCACGAGAAAAGGUGGCCACUUUUGCGGUGGUACUAUACUCAAUUCAAGAUUCAUUCUCACCGCCGCUCAUUGUUUGUGCUCGGGUACAUCGACAAUUCCGAUACGUCAAUUACGUGUGACCCUCGGCGAGUAUGACUUGAAAGGCCCGGAAACGCCAGCGGCGAGAGAGGAAAGUGUCAUUAACGCGAUGGUGCAUCCCGGUCACAGGUGUGGCCGAUACGUCGACGACAUCGCCCUGUUAGAAUUGUCGAGGCCGAUUACCUGGUCGGAAAGCGUGAAACCCGCCUGUUUGCCAGCGGCAUCAGGAAAGCCAGGAUACAGAGCUUUUGGUGGUGAGAAUGCAGUGGCCGCUGGUUGGGGCUGGCUCGGUGAAGACAGAUCUAGAUACAAAAGAGCGGACGUGAUGCAGAAAGUAAGCGUUCGAGUGGUAGAGAACAGCAUUUGCCGAGAAUGGUACGCCAGUCAAGGAAAGUCCACACGCGUGGAAUCGCAACAAAUGUGUGCUGGUCAUGAGGAAGGUGGUCGAGACACUUGUUGGGCUGACAGUGGUGGUCCUCUUAUGGUUGGAAAUCAUCCUGAUGGUAGCAUGAUGGUCGUAGGUGUAGUUUCUUCUGGAGUAGGUUGUGCCAGACCUCGUCUUCCUGGUAUUUACACGAGAGUCUCGGAAUAUGUAACAUGGAUCACACAACAAAUCACGUUAAAACGAUAAUUCUGUAUAUGCAAGGAAUCAUCAACAUUAUCCAUGAAUUUUACCUUUUUUUCAUCCUUCAUGUAUUGAAAUCGAUUAGAUCAUUGACGAAUUUACUUGAUAUUUUUAUCAUUAUUAUUAUUCAGAUCUUUGAGUCAAGUAGAUAAUAAUUGAUCUUUGUACUUGUUCCUAACGAUUCAUAAGAUACGAAUGGAUAAUUUCAUUAGCUGAAAU